AUGUGGUGGUAUGUCCUAUGGGCCGUGGUGACGCUGGCACUGGCCCGUCUCGUGCGUGCGAGGCCGCGGCGCGUACGCGCCAUCGAGCGCGUAUACCCCGAGGAAGCACAGCCGGGAUGGAGUGGCGAAGUGCGAUCGCCCCACACCCCCUUGAUCGAUGAGGAUCAGUGCAUCACCUGUUACGACCCGGCGACCGGGUACGUUCUCGCCCGCGUACCGGGUGAUACGCCCGACACGAUUCGCGACAAAGUCCGGCGAGCAAAGGAGGCACAGGAAGUAUGGCGCACGUCGUCGUUUACGCAGCGCCGCGAAGUGCUGCGGACGAUGCAGGCCUGGAUCCAGCGUGACGCUGAGGCCGUCGCUCGGAUAGCCUGUCGCGAUACAGGCAAGACGGCGAUCGAUGCUGCGUUUGGCGAGCUGCUCACGACAUGUGCCAAGCUCGCAUGGACGAUCCAGCAUGGCGAGCGCAUUCUGCGUCCGGAGCGGCGCAGUGGCAACUUGCUACUGGCACACAAGCGAUGCACCGUGUACCACGAGCCGCUGGGCGUAGUAGCUGCCUGUGUGUCGUGGAACUAUCCCGUGCACAACAUGCUGGGGCCCAUUAUCUCCUCCGUGUUUGCGGGCAACGCCGUCGUGAUCAAAUGCUCCGAGCACGUCGUUUGGUCUUCGAGGCACGUCCUCGAAGGCGUAUACAGGUGCCUCGAUGCCUGUGGCGCUCCGCGGGAUAUCGUACAGCUGGUCGCAUGUGGACCCAUGGCCGUCGAGGCACUUACGCGCGACGCCCGCCUCGCUCACAUCACAUUCAUCGGCAGUGACGCGGUCGGUCGUCGCGUCGCCGAGGCAGCUGCGCCACAACUGACGCCCACCACGCUCGAGUUGGGCGGCAAGGAUCCAGCUCUGAUUCUGCCAGGCACAGACCUUUCGUUCUUUGCGUCCAUGUUCAUGCGCGCAUGCUUCCAGGCCAUGGGCCAAAACUGCAUUGGCAUUGAGCGGUUCCUCGUGCCAGACAGCAUGCAAGACGACCUCGCAGCGCUUGUCGAGCCGCGCAUCGCCGCUCUGCGCUGCGGAAGCACACUUGACGAAACACGCUUUGGCUUGGCCUCGGACAAGGGCGAAGAUGUCGUCGAUGCAGGGGCCAUGAUCUCCGAUGCGCGCUUCGACGCACUCGAGGCGCUCAUUGCAGAUGCUGUGGCCCAGGGCGCACGUCUCGUGCUGGGCGGUAAGCGUGUCGUGCACGAAAAGUGGCCGAUGGGUCAUUACUUUGCACCGACCCUGCUGACCCAUGUCCAACCUACGAUGCGCAUCGCCCAGGAAGAGGUGUUUGGCCCCGUGUUUUUGGUCAUGCCGUACUCCGACGUCGAGCAAGGCAUUCAGCUGGCCAACAACACACCGUACGGCCUAGGCGCAUCCGUGUUUGGACGCGAUCAUGCCGAGUGCAAGCGCGUCGCGUCCAAGCUGGCAUGCGGCAUGGUCAACAUCAAUGACUUUGGCAUCUCGUACCUCAAUCAGGGCCUGCCCUUUGGUGGCUGCAAGCACUCAGGGUACGGCCGCUUCGCUGGCCCUGAAGGCCUGCUGGGCCUCACGGCGCCGAAGGCUGUGACGGAAGAUGUGCUCUUUGGCAUCAUCCAGACGAGCAUUCCACCCCACGUGGACUAUCCGCUGCGCGAUACGCGGCGGAGCUGGAGGUUCCUGCAAUCCCUCGUGCGACUGGCCUUUGGCUCUCUGUGGGAUCGUAUACAGGCAUUGCCAGGUCUGCUAUAG